AUGACUAAUGCGGGAUUAUCCGCUAAACAAGAGAAGUAUGAUCAAAUCCAGAAGAUGAAACAAGAAGUUGCUGAAAUGGUUAAAUCACGGGCUGCGGGAAAGAAACACAAACACAGUUUCAACAACGUGUUGGAAAAUAAAAUUUGUCAAUUAUAUGAUUUCUAUGUCGAGGAUAUUGUUCAAGACGGCUACACCGAACCUGCCUCCCAAGAAGCCGAAGAUGCACUGACGAACAACCAGAAGAACGCCCUCAGAGAUGCAAGGAAACGAGACAAGAAGGCAUUAUUCAAUAUCUAUCAAGGUAUUGAUGAAACAACGUUUGAGAAAGUAAGUGCAGCCACCACGUCGAAACAAGCCUGGGAGAUUCUGAAGAAUGCUUUCACCGGUGUUGAUAAGGCGAUACGAGUUCGACUGCAGAUCCUACGUGGUGAGUUUGAAAGUUUGGCCAUGUCUGAAACGGAGAGCAUUUCAGACUACUUCACAAGAACAUUAGUUAUUGUAAAUCAAAUGAAAAGGCAAGGGGAGAACAUUGAAGAUGUUCGUGUCAUAGAGAAAAUUCUUCGUUCCUUGACGUCGAAAUUUGAGCACGUUGUUGCUGCUAUUGAAGAAUCAAAAGAUCUCAACACCAUGUCCAUCGACCAGUUGCAGAGCAGCUUGGAAGUCCACGAGCAACGCAUGAAGAAAAAGACCACUCCGGCACUUGAGCAUAUGCUACAAGCGAAGAUGUCAAUCCAAGAAGAUAAGAAGUCUGCGCCUGGGACAUCACGUGGUGGAUACAACCGAGGCCGAGGUCGAGGUUAUCGUGGUCGAGGAGGACGCGGCCAAAAUUACCAGUAUGACGGAGGACGUGGACAGAAUUACCAUAGCCAAGGAGGACGAGGCCAGAAUUAUCAAAACAAGGGAGGACGACAGAAUUUCACCUAUCGAGGCAGAGGUCGAAAUUUUUAUGGACAACGAGGACGAGGAAGAGGUCAGUAUAGAGGUGGUUAUUCUCAAACCUACAAUCGACAAGGGUUUGAUAAAGCAAAUAUCGAGUGCUAUACUUGUCACGAAUUCGGGCAUUACAGUUAUGAGUGUCCAAUAGCCGAAAAUACCAGGACCAAUCAACAAGUCAAUUAUGCCGAUGGUGGAGAUGAUAAUGAGCAGGUAACUUCAACCUCUCUUUUUAUUCACAAAGGACUUGAAGGUGAUCAGUGUAGCACGUGGUACUUGGAUACUGGAGCGAGUAACCACAUGUGCGGGAACAAGGAACUCUUCGUGGAGCUAAAGGAGACAUCCUAUGGGGACGUGACCUUUGGAGAUUCCUCAAAAGUUGCGGUGCAAGGAAAAGGUAAUAUCUUGAUUAAGCUGAAGAAUGGAAAUCAUGGUUUUAUAUAUGACGUCUAUUAUGUGCCUGCCAUGAAAAGCAAUAUUUUGAGUCUUGGUCAAUUGCUGGAGAAAGGAUUUGAUGUUAGUAUCAAGAAUUCUUAUCUUGCUAUCAAUGAUGCUACGGGUAAUAUGGUUGCCGGUGUGAAGAUGUCCAAAAACAGAUUAUUUCCAUUGAAUAUGAAACAUGAUACGUUGAAGUGCAUGAAUGCCAUUGUUAAAGAUGAGUCAUGGUUAUGGCAUCUGCGUCUUGGACAUCUGAAUUUUGGUGGUUUGAAGCUGUUGUCUACAAAGAAUAUGGUGAAAGGCUUGCCGCAUAUUGAUCAUCAUGAAGAAGUUUGCGAAUGA